UGGCUAAAAUAGAUUAUAUUUUUUUUAGAUCAUGACUACUCCAAUAGAAAUCGUGAGCGAUGCUCCCGCUGUUAAUGUAUCUGAAGAAAAAAAAAGACCUUCAUCUCCAGAAAAUACUUCUGUUGCAGAAACUAAGGAGCUGUUGAAUGAAACAGUUCAAACAAAACAAAAGAAACCAAAAGUUAUUAAGAGAAAAUAUAAGGCAAAGGAAACAGAUUCAACCUCACCACUUGGAGUAUUACAAAGACAAAUCCAGGAAAUUCUUGUUCAACAUGGACUUACUGAAACUCAAAUUUCAAAUGAUAUGAAAUCAGUUUUAAAUGAUCAAGAAUAUUUCAAUAAAUCACAUAGAAUUGUUAACGAUGUUGAAGUAUUAGAAUUAACUUCAAGCGGUGAUGGUCUUGCUAUCAUUCCAAAUCCAUUCGAUGAAGAAAAGAGACAAAUUUGUAUCAUCCCAUUUGGAUUACCUGGUGAUUUGUGUAACAUCAAGGUAUUCAAAUCUCAUCCGUUAUAUGUGGAAGCUGACCUUUUAAAAGUUAUCACUCAAUCCAAAUAUAGAGAUGACUCGUUAAUCAACUGUAGAUACUUUGGAAAAUGUUCUGGAUGCCAAUAUCAAAGUGUUGAUUACUUACAACAAUUGCAAUUUAAGAAGCAAACAAUUGUCAAUGCAUACAAGUUUUUGGCACCUAUUUUAUCUGGAAUUAAAGGUGGGCUUCCAGAAAUCAGCGAAACUGAACCAUCUCCAUUACAAUAUGAUUAUAGAACUAAGCUUACUCCACAUUUCAACUUACCAUAUACAUUACCUAAGGAAUACCCUGCAUCAGCAUUAGGAUUUGGUGCUAAGGGUAGACCAACAUGGCGCCCUGAAGCUCAAGGUGGUGAUUAUUCUGUACUUGAUAUUGAAGAAUGUUCCAUUGGUACUAAGAUCAUCAACAUGGGUAUGAAGAAUGAACGUGCCAUUUAUCAAGAAGAAUAUAAGAAAUAUAAGAAGGGUGCCACCAUCCUUCUUAGAGAAGAUACUAAGGUUGUCAAGGAAAAUGAAGACAAGAAGGAGGGAGAAGAAGAAGCUAAAGCAUCAGUUGACGGUGAAGGUAACAUAUCCAAGAUUGAAGUGGAAAUAAAUGGUGAUAAAUUAGUGAAAACUUGCGUUACUGACCCUAGACAAAUCGUUACAGAAUAUGUAAAUGGAUUCACAUUUGAAUUCUCAGCUGGGGAAUUUUUCCAAAACAAUAACUCUAUCUUGCCAGCUGUUAUUGAUUACGUCAAGAGUAAUUUGUCAAUUCCUAAUUCAAAGGAAGGUGAACCAAACUACUUAGUCGAUGCGUAUUGUGGAUCUGGACUUUUCUCUAUCACUUGUUCUGAUAAUGUUUCAAAGGUAAUUGGUGUUGAAGUCAGUGCUGACUCUGUUAAAUUUGCUGAAAGAAAUGCUAAAACCAAUAAGAUUGAGAACGCUACUUUUAUUCAUGGUAAGGCUGAAAAGAUUUUUGGAAGUAUAGAUACUCCAUCUGACAGAACCUCUGUCAUUCUUGAUCCACCAAGAAAGGGAUGCGACGACGUCUUCUUGAACCAAUUAUCGGAAUACCAUCCAGCACGUAUUGUCUACAUCAGUUGUAAUGUACACUCACAAGCCCGUGAUGUUGACUGGUUCAUCAAUAAUACUGCAAAUGGUAAGGAAUAUUUUGUUGAAAGCAUUAAGGGAUUUGAUUUCUUCCCACAAACUCACCAUGUUGAAAGUGUUGCGGUGUUAGCAUUGAAAAAGUAAGUUAUAAAUACAUAUAUAGAUUACUAAGAGUAUUUUACACUACUAUAUUAUAGAAUUUCCAUCAGUUUAUUAUUAUUA